GCGAGCUUGCCGACGACGGAGGUCGUGCUCAACGGCGGCGAGUACCGGACCUACACGCGGCCCGACGGGGGCUUCGUCUUCCACGACGUCGAGCCCGGCGUCUACCUCCUCGACGUGCUCAGCGUCGACUACAUCUUCAGCCAGGUGAAGCUCAACCUGCCCAAGGCCGGCGGCGAGGCGAUCCGCUGCCUCGAGUACCGCUACCCCGGCGCGGCGAAGCAGCCCAUGGCCUACCCGCUCGAGCUCGCGGCGCACGUCAAGCAGCAGUACUUCGAAGUCCGCGAGACGCCGGGCCUCCACACGCUCUUCCGCAACCCCAUGAUGCUCAUGCUCCUCUUCACGGGCGCCGUCGUCGUCCUCAUGCCCAAGAUGAUGGACAACAUGGACCCCGAGGAGAUGAAGAAGAUGCAGGAGCAGAUG